AUGUUCAGUGGCGGGAAGGAUCAAAUGAUCAAGCUAUGGUCGAUUGACUCGAGCAACUUUUCUGCAGCCCAAGCACAGUCGAUGGAUAUUUCAGGCACACAUGCCGGAUCCGGUCUCGCGGUGGAGCUUGUGGCCUCCGUACAGAUGCCAAACGGGUCUCCGUGCCACCUAUGCUACAACCCUCGCCAUGGCACGCUGUGUGCUGCAAGCGAUAUCAAAGGCAUCUUCUUUUUCAGAGUAGAGGACACAUUUGUUGAAUCCCGACGACACAGCCAAGACGAAGAUCACAUAAAGGAAAUCACGGAUUUGUCAUGUCACAGCGGACUCAAUCUCUUCGCAACCUCCUCGCUUGAUGGAAUGGUCAAGAUCUGGGAUGGCUGCGAAUCAUCCUUGCUGAGAGAGAUCCAGUUCGGCGAGCCGAUCUACAGCGUUUGCUUUUGCAACCAGCGCGGAGAUCUCUUGGUAGGCAUGUCGGACCAAAUCGCCCUGAUCAGAAUCCAAGACUAUUUGCCUCUGCAGGUCCUCAAAUCCCUGCUUGAGGCUGGCGAAUGGAUCGAUGACAUCAUUGAGGCACCCACGAAAUUCGACUCCAACUUGGAUUUUUGGUCUUUGUAUCGCGAUGAGCUGGAGAAGAAAGGGGAAGAGAUCCAGUGGCAUGUCGAGCGAAAUCGCACAACGAUUCGACCCGAGCUGCAGCUCGAGCCAACCCCCGAAAAGGCUAAGAUGUAUCGAACAAGACGGAUAUUCCUCCAGAAAGAACGCCACAACUACGAGAAGGCACGGGACUGGGAAAACACGACAAUAUACACCCAGGCUGCCUUCGCAGACUUUGACCCGUCUAACAUUGAAGCAGUCUGGGGCCGGGGUAAGCUUCCUCUACCCAAGAUACCAGGCGAGGACGACGGAGAUGCCGGCGACGACGAUGCACAAUCGCUCGAAGACAUUGAUAUCAGCGAGGGCCGUAAGAUUCUGGACAACUAUAUACGAUAUUCCAAGCUCCCACCCGUGCGACUAGCCGAUAUAUUUGAAGAGCUAGCGAGACCCGGCUCUCCGCCGCCAAGCUACCAAAUCAAGAAGAAGAAAGUUGAUUCCAAGGACGAUUUGCGAAACAUCGAGAUUGGAAAACUGCGCAGUCAGCGGUGGCUGGAAGAGCAGCAAUACAUGAUGAAGAGCCUCAACUCUCUCAAGAUGGAGGCUGUCGAUGCCUUGCCAGGAUCGGCCAAAAAGCAGUCCUGGAUGCUGAAAAAGGCCCAGGGCUUACAAAUGACUGCUGAGGAUGUCAUGAAGAGAAUGCAGGAAGUACAACCACCAAAACGAGCAUUUGACGAUCCGCGGUACCGAUCUAAACGACCAAACCUCGGCAAGCAUCUGCAGCAAAUGGGGAUCUUGCCAAACUCGGUCGUGGCCGCAUCCGCAGGGUCGGUGAAAAAGGCCCAUGAGCGACAGAAGCGGGAGGCGGAUGACAAGAGCAAAUCGGAGGCCUUGGCACAACGACAGGCUGCGGUAAAGAACGCCAGGAUCAUCAAGCGCGCCCAGCUCCGGCAGCAAGCCCCUGACAGCUCGCGCCUGGAGGCUAGCUCGGAUUCGGAAGAGGAGGAGCCACCGAAAGUCAAACCCAAGCCCCGUGAGGCAGCAAUUCUGGUGGAGAAGCCUGCUCCUAUCAAAGCUGCGACGCCCCCCAAGCCCCCAGCUCUUGUUAUCGAAAAAACAGAGCCCGUGCAAGCCGAUGUUACCAUCCUCCCGAUCACGGAGUCUCAGCAACGUCAUGCUCCAGAGAAAUCUGAAGUCGAAACAUUCGAGCUAUCCACGGCCCCAGAAACACCCGAGCCCACAGACAUAUUCAUCACGGAGGCGCUGCCAGUGGAGAGUGUCGCAUCGACUCCAAUAGCCCCCGAAUACUUGGGCACCAGCGAGCUGAGGGAGAAAACAGGAAAUGUCAUCCAUCCAGUUUUGCACAAAAGGAAAGUCGAGUCCCCAAAGACAAACCAGGAACCCAAGGCAACGGGCAGACGACCAUUGGUAUAUGGGACCACGGCGGCCGCUCAGGCCAUUCCUACCCUGAAUAUCCCUGAGAUCAGGACCGAGGAAGACUCUGAUUCCUGGAGCGGUACCGACUCAGAGGGCAGUGAGCGCGACUCUGAUGGAGAGAUAUUUAGCUUGCCACUGCGACCCAUCAAACCGACGGAGGCACAAAAAAUCGCAUCCAAGUUUUCCUGGGACUUAUUCUAUAAAGCCUCUGGGAAGCCAGGAGCAUCAUCGACACCUAAAGGCAGCUCUCUGAACAUUCGUGCUCCACGUGAACCCUACAAUCGUCGACGGUUGGCAGUCGAGCUGUCCACCAACAAACUCAACUCAUCCAAGAUAUCGCUUGUCCAACCCGAGCCGCAGCUCACCGAGCUUCAAACUAUCUCCAAAUACCACUGGUUCCCAGGACUAGAUGACAAGCCGCUGACACUGAUGAACAUCAUCGAGGUGCUAUUCAAAGUUUUGAAGACGGGAUAUUGGCGAGAAAAGUGCGAAGCAUCCAAAGCACUUUUAUAUCUCUACCGGACCUUCCAGAAGGACAUACUCGAUCCUCUCAACAGCCUCAUCAUCCCCCAGCUGGAGUUCACCGACGACGAAAACUGGCAAGUGCGCGCCGCAGUCACAUCAAACGUCAUCCAGUACCAAAUUUACAAUUUGGAUAUCAUCGCUACCCUUAUAUGUCGGCUAAAUGACAAGAGCGAUGUUGUCAGAAAAAUUGCUCAGCAAGGCCUGGAGUCCUUUGGAAUCGACUCCAAAGAAUCCCUGAUGAACAUGAUGCGACAACUGAACAUGUUGCGGCCCAUAGCCAAAAACCGGGAGCCGGACUGGUUGGAGAUCCUUCUCGAGCGCCUCGAUGCUCAGUACUACUGCCAUGUCGAAGAAUCCAAGGUUGAGACACGGGGUUGGGUGAGGCGAGUGAGCAACAGCAAUACGAUGGUGAUUACCGAUGCUGAGCGGCCCGCUUCGGUUGUGGCCACGCUCGUCUUCGACUCGAUCCCAACAUCUCGAUCAAGAAACAAUUCGGCAUCUCGCCACGACUAGUUGCGCAGACUCUACAGCGUAAGCACCGAAAGAGAUCAGCAAAUACACCGAGC